AUGGCUCGAACUAAGUGCACGGCUCGCAAGUCCACCGGAGGAAAGGCUCCUACAAAGCACCUUAGGGCUUUCUAUGCCUCUGCUCGUAAAACAGCUCCCGCAACUGGAGGAGUAAAGAAGCCUCGUCGAUAUCGCCCUGGAACUGUUGCACUUCGUGAAAUCCGCAAGUAUCAGAAGGGAACCGAGCUGCUCAUAAGGAAGCUACCUUUCCAAAGGCUGGUUAGGGAGAUUGCUCAAGUUUUCAAGAUUGAUCUGCGUUUCCAGAGCCAUGCGGUGCUUGCUUUGCAGGAGGCAGCAGAAGCAUACCUUGUCGGGCUCUUUGAGGAUACCAAUCUGUGUGCUGUCCAUGCGAAGCGUGUGACUAUAAUGUCCAAGGACGUUCAUCUUGCUAGGAGAAUCCGUGGCGAGAGGUUCUAA